CCAAACGAAAGCCGACAUGAAGUUCCUCAAGGUUGGCCGUGUUGCCAUCAUCACCCGGGGCAGAUUUGCCGGAAAGAAGGUUGUGAUCAUCCAACCCCAGGAUUCCGGCAACAAGUCGCACCCAUACCCUCACGCACUGGUCGCCGGUAUUGAGCGCUACCCGUCUCAGAUCACCCGCCGCAUGUCCAAGGCCCGCCAGACCAAGCGCUCCAAGGUCAAGCCUUUCAUCAAGGUCAUCAACUACAACCACUUGAUGCCAACACGCUACACGCUCGAGCUGGAGGGACUCAAGGGUGUUGUCACUGCCGAUACCUUCAAGGAGGUUUCGCAGCGUGAGGAGGCAAAGAAGACUGUCAAGAAGGCACUGGAGGAGCGUUAUACCUCGGGCAAGAACAGAUGGUUCUUCACUCCUCUCAGAUUUUGAACGGUUUAUUGUCGGUUGGGGUUCGGCAUGGGGUUCGCAUAGCAUUUCUGUCCGGAAUACGGGCUAAGGAUUGUUGCAUU